AUGCUGGCCGCACCCGCCGCUUCUCCCAUGGCCACGCCUUCGCCUUCGACGCCUCGCUCGGCCCCCAUUGCGGUGCCUGCCGGCCCCCCUCAUGCUGCAUCAUUCUCUUCUACUUCGUCCGACCAGGGCGGUGAGCCGUCCUCUGCGAUGGGCGACGCCGGUGCUAGCACGUCAAGUCUGGGCAUCGCGUCGUCGUACAGCACCUCGUCACCUAACACCGCCUUUGGUCUUCCAAAGCAGCAGCAUGCCGCCUCCGCAAUCGGCUCAGGAUCGACGACGACGGGCAAAACAACGGCGACCACUAAUGGCGGAGGAGAAAGCUCGAACAUGGUUCUGCUGCCCAAUGGAGCCUACGGCCCUCGCAACCCGAUCCUGCUCAACCCGCUCAAGAAGCAAGGCAUCCUCGACCAGUGGAGGAACGAGUUUGGUAACGUGGGUCCUGCGCUGACGGUGCUCCGCAUCCCUGCCGUACCGACGCAGAAGGAGCGAGAAAAGGAGCGAGAGGAGCAACGCGUGCGAGAAGCCCUGGCCAGGGAGCGAGAAAAGGAAAUGGAGAGGGAGCGGGCAAGAGAGCGGGAAAGGGAGGCUGAAGAGAGGGUCUGGGGGAUACCCAAAAAGGCCUUUUACCUCGGCUUGGGGGACAUCAACUUCAACUCGCAGAUGGCCAUGCUCGGAGGAUGGGGCAGUGGGACGGGACCGGCGACUGAUUUCAGACCGACGCAAGCUUUGCAGCGGCGGGCGUCUGCAGGUGGACGGUCUUCCAAGGACUCUGCUAGACCGACAAGCAAAGAUGGCAGGCCGAUGAGCAAGGAUGGACGAAGUAAGGAGAAGCGAGUACGCGACCGUGAAAGAGAGAAGGAGAAGGAGAAGGAGAAGGAAAGGGAAAAUGAGAAGGAAAAUGAGAGACUCGAGAAGGAGCAAAAAGAGAGGGAACAACAGGAAGAGGAAGAGGACAAGCCGAUGGACCCGGAAGAGCUGGCGGCCCUCAACGCCAUUAUCAACACGAGACGGAGCAUGGCGGCUGCCCAGGCGCUCGCAAGUGGGCAAGUGAAGCCAACUCCCAGCCGGCGGAGCAUGAGCUACGGCCGAAGUGGUUCUGCUUCAACUGCAUUAGGCACAUCAGCCCAGUCGACGAGGCCAGACCUGUCCGAGACGAGGGAUGACAGCCGGGAGAGUGUUCCCUCGGUCUCUGCCAAGCCAGAAGACGGCUCGAGUGUCGAAAAAGCUACCGAGUCAUCGGAGGUAUUUGAGGACGAAGGGCCGCGGAUCCGGUUUGCCCCCUUGCCAUUGCCCUACGGCGGCGUGGUCGACGGCGAGGCCGGCUAUGAGGGCAGCGCUGGGCCCAUCAACAUCGAAAGCAGACAGACGGCGUUGGCAGAUGGUGACGCUGUGUCAAUUAGUGACGAUGAAAGCGACAGCGAUGGUAGUGAUGACGACGAAGGCUGGAAUCGCCGAUGGAGUACACUAGGUGUGGGCAAGGGCAAAUGGUAUCUCAUGGGAAUGCCUUCAAGCGUCUUCAAGCCUCAGAAUUACCGAUCAUCGCUCAAGAGAAUGUCGACUGGAUCUGGUGCGACCAUCGACCCGCUCGAGGGCGAGCUUCCCUCGGCGGAUAUUCAGGAGAGGAGAAUGUCUACUGGCGCUUUGUCUACCUCGCCCUCAGAGGCGAUUGAGAGGCGUGGUCGGAGAAAACAGCGGCCGAGAGGAAGGACGUCCAGCAGAGCCAGCUCUGUCAAGUCGAGAUCUUCGAGCGUAGGAUCAAUGGACGAAGAAGACCGUCUGAGAAGGAGGGAACUCAUUCGUGCCUCUCGACCGGGAGGCACCGGCAUGGUGACGCUGCCUGAUGGCACGCGCAUCAAGGCUCGUCGCGUCGGUCAGCAGCAGGGCGAUGCCGCAGCCGCUGACCCUACCGCGGCAACUGAGGAACCCCAGGACGACUUCAUCGAGUGGGGAUUUGCCGGACUUGCCCGAGAGGCGCGCAGGGAGCACAAGCAGGAGGAGGCCGCCGACGCCGACGCCGACGCAGAUCCAGGCGAGCCACAGAGACCCGGAUCAGCUACGGGAGACAAGCGUGCCUCCGAUGACGAAGGCGGUCGCUCGAGCGAUAUCGACGACGGAUCAGGCAUGGCUUGGGUCAAGAGGAGGAGACGAGAAAGAGAAGAAUCGCGCACCAGUGCCGAUGCUGCCGACAGUCCUCCUCCUCAUACUGCUCACGACGAGCAGGAGCAGCAUUUCCGAGAGCACAAUGACGAAGGUGCCACCACUGCCAAAACCUCGGCGUCUGUUCCUGUCCCUGCUCUGUCAGUGUCCCCUGCUGACCAGGACGGCGAAGAAAUUUCUAUUGUCGCCCAGGACUCCAUCGACGAUCUUGCUUCCAAGAAGCCACCACAAGCUGUACCCCCUCCAACGAGAGUGGAAAGACCGCUGGCUGGUGCCAAGGCCGAUGCUCCCACGCGAUCUCAAACGCUGGAUCGCACCGCAACGAUGCCGAAAUUGUCCGCUCAACAAGCUGCAGAGGUGCGCAGACGUCACGAAGAGGAGGUUGCCGCUCUGGGCGCAGAAGUGCUCGACCACAUUGCGAAGCAAAAGGCUAAGGCGCAACAACAACACCAACAACAGCAGCAGCAGCAGCAGCAGCAGCCACAUCAUCCGCAAGCACAGCACCAGAUGCAAGAAAAGCAAGCAUCUCAGCCACAAUCCCUUCCUCAACACAAACCGGCUCAGCCUCAAGCUCCAAGCAUGCCGAUAGAGACGGCAAGUGUGGACAAGGGACCAAAAGAGCCAGUGAGCAAGCAUACGGAGCGCAAGCUGCCGCCGCAACGCAGAGAGUCAGCCUUCGCCAAGCUUCGUCGGGGCUCGUACAGCUCCAAUCAAUCCAACGAAUCGAAUGCUAGAGGUUCUAAACUGAACUCCAGGACCUUGUCGAAGGACUCGUCUGAGGAUAAAGCUUCGACACCGAAACGCGUUGGCACUCCGACCGGUCCCAGCUCAUCUUCGUCCCCUCGUGCCCGUUCGCUGCCUCGCGUUCCUCAACCCGGGGGCCCUUCGCUUACUGGUCUUACUGUGUCCUCAGAGCCUGAUGAUAUGGAAGAGCUGCUCAAUUCGACCAUGCUUGUCCACGACGAACUCAGUGCUCCAGCCUCCGCCUCCACGGAGAAGGACUUUGGCGAGCAGCAGCAACAGCAGCAGCAGCCGACUCAAGUGUCUUCGUCGGAUCGCAAGCAUGCCGCCUUACUGGAGAGGACGCCAUCAAGUGCAACAGCAUCUACAGAUCUUAGCAGCAAUGUGUCAUCGUCCUUGGAGGAUCAUCGACCUUCGACGAGCGUGGUCUCGACGUCACCUUCGGCCCAGCUCUCCCCCAAUAAGGAUCCGCAUGCGCUCUCUUCAUUACGGAAGAGCAUCUCAGCCACUCGCUUGUCUUCCCCCUCGGAGACGCGCCUAUUUGCCGAUCCCUCCAUCAGCUUGCCGGUUCCAUCCCGCCUCUUGCCGCGUCGCCCUGAUGCGAGGGGAUACGCGGUGGUUCCUCUUCCCGGAGACCAGCUCGGCAUCCGACCCAAUCGACCUCGCGAAGGCAGAGUCUGGCUCUUUGACUCAGACGAGGACAGCGACGUUGACUCCAGCAGUGGAGAGGACGGGGAAGUGACGGAAGAUGGCACUGCAAUGAGAAGAAAGGGCGAGACUGGAGCUGCUUCUGCGGCGGGCCACGAAGAGGAAGAGGAAGACGACGACAUGGAUGCCGAGGAACUGGCAGAAGAAGAGAGGAGGACAGCGAUGCAGAAGAAGCGUGCGACAACGAGAGCUGCAGGCGCAGAAGUGGUCUCUACGAUGGGCAAACAACCCAAGGAAAGCCGACAGAGUCCGCGUUCUCGUUCGUACGGACCGUCGUCCUCGUCAAGGACUACGGAUCUAGACGACCUGAGUCCUACCCGGGACGCCGCCAGUCGAAGGGCACACCGGCGAGACGGUCACAGCAGCAAAUACCACGACGAGGCCCCGAUGUCUCUCUCACCUCUCCCACGGUCGGCUCAAAGCCACGGCGGUAAAGACCGAAACUCUCGUCGUCCGUCCAACGCCCAACCACGGCUUAAAUCGGCCGUUUCGACGGGCACUCUCGAGCGUGAAAGCUCGCGAAAGGAUCCUUGGAACGACUUCAGCGACACCGAUGCCAAUGUCACCCCGUCAAGACGACAUAGCAAUGAGAGGAAUGGCAAAGAAGCAUUGGAGCCAUCGUACGACGAUGACAGCGAGCUGUGGCCGCCGACACUCUCGCAAACGCUCGAUCGAGCAUCUGCCAAGCGCGUAUCCCAUGCCAUUGCGCUGAGGCACGCCUCCAAGGCUAAGCAGGCCAGGGAGAAAAGGCUGAAGGAGGAAAGAGAAAAGGAAAAGGAGAGGAUCAGAAAGCUGAAGGAGAACGACGAGUACCUCGAUUAUGGAUGGCCUCGCAGCUUGCAGGGCUCGUCGCUCUAUUGA